AUGCAAUAUCUUGACACCUCUGGACCCUUGAAUUCGAAUGACGAGGACAAUCUUAAGUCUUCAGGAGACUUUGAUAUUGGAGCAUUGGAUUUUUUGGAAAGGCCUAACUCCGAGCCUUUACCGUCACCAUGCCCUCUUCUCGGCUUUCAAACUCCUAUAUCUGAGUCGGUAUUUGCACCGUCAUCGACGCCUCCGCCUCCUUUGCCGGCUUCCUCGCCUCCUCCUCUUCUUAUUUGCACUCUGCCCAAGUUAACACGGACACUCAUUAAACACGUGGAAGCUGCUACGCGAUCCACGCUCCUUGAACCCUCUGAUAACUCAGAAUUGGACAGCUCAACCAUAACUAGUGCCAAUUUAUCCGAGUCGACGAUAUCACCAACACCUAGUUAUGUCGACUCUAUUGCCUCGGAUGCUUCCAAUAUUAAUCCUAACACUACUCCUAUUGGGGCUAUAGCUACAACCAAUACUGAGUCGCUGCAAAACACAUCUUCAGAAAGGUUAUCACGCUCAAGUGCUCCCAGCCGGCAGACCCCUGUCGGAUUAGAACGCCUCAUCUCAAGUGGUGAAUCGCUCUCUGCUGAAGGCUUUUUUGUACUAGCAGAUCUAGGCCGUGGAAACGGAGGCCUAGUGACGAGAAGCCGACACAUAGCCAGUGGAUUCGCAGUGGCCAGAAAGACUUUUAGAGGUAUCGACGCAUCUCGGGGCCAAAUCAUAAGGGAGUUGAAUGUAGGUCUUUUGUAA